UUGACAACGGACAUCAUUUAUCAGCUGCGAUCUGUCAUCGAUACACACGUGUUAUUUAAUAUCAUUCUAUAAAUCAUUGAAGACAAAUAGAAUGGGUAACUGCCUUUGCAAAUGCAAAAGAAAUGAAGACGAGGUGGAAGAGUCGGCUGAGGAGAGGGAAAGCAAUGAACGUCGCCGGAAGGUUAUUGCCGACCUGGUGAAGCUCGCAAUGAACGAUUAUGGACACCCCCAAUGCUUUGCAUUGACCGUUCCAAGGCGGUGACCCCAGCUUUAUUCUUAUUUGUGUUUAUGUUGUUUUGUAUUGUGCUGAAUUGUCCUGUUUUGUACUGUUUUGGCAAUCGGUCACUUGCCUUAAAUAAAGGACCAACUAAUUGUUUAUAAUAAUAAUUCAAUAUUACUCCAGCAGCUGGAGUUUCACUUCUUUAUAUUGCUAGAGUAAUGAAAAAUGGAUUCGGUAAGAUGAAUGCAAUUCUUAUUUUAAUCCCAUCAGAUCUAAUAUAUACAUUGUACAAGCUGCCGAUUGGCAGCAACACUAAUAAUUGUAGCAAUUAACGGCCGAAAUUGAUUAUAAUUUGAUUGUGUUUAAACGAUACAAGAAAGUUAUAUUGAUAUCUUUAUAAAAUGUGAGUAUGACACUGACAUCGCUUACUCUGCUCAGAAGCGUUCCGACUAUUCAAAAAGUAUUUGAUAAUCGGUUUAUUCAAGAUACAUUAGACAUUACACAUGUAUUUUGAAUAUAUUUAUACAAACAAAAUGCAUGCAAGCGGUCAUCAAUAAAUACUAGUUCGUGGCAUGAUUGAUCAUAUGCAAACUAUAUUAUGUUCUAUACAUACAUUGUUAAAAGGUACAUGUAUUUCAACAUAAUGUUAACAAAUAAAAGCGUUAUUGACAGCAUGAAGUCAACUUGUAUACACUAGCUUCCAACCAAAAUGCUUAUUAAAAGACUAAUCAAGAAAACGAUGCACACAUGAAUGUGAUCAUGAUGCACAUGACGAUCAAGAUCUCAUGACUAUUAUUUCUAUUACAUAACUCAACGAAUACAAUAUGCUUAUUAUGUUUAUAUAGGAAACAUGAAACUAUUUUAAUAUCGUUAAGGCAUAAAGUUUACCGCCCAUGUCUAUAUUUAUUUCGUUAUAUCUGGUGAGAAGAGGCAUGAAUAAAACUUAAUUUGUUUUGCAGAUCAUUUGGUAAAAACAUAUAUAAAACGGAGUUUUUACGAUGAAAAUAACGUGCCUUAAGUUGGAACGAAACUUAAUUUGAGUCGUUCUAGGCUAUGUGUUAUCUCCCCCCCCCCCCCUCUACACUCUCCAUCUUAGCAUUGAAGGUUCAAAGGCGAUGCAACACGUUUUUAGUUAUUCGUCUGUUGGCGUUAUGUAAAAUCUUACCCGUAGCCAGGGGGGGGGGGGGGGGUGCGUUGGGUGCGUUCGCACCCAAUGUUUUUUGACAAGUAAAAAAAAUGUGUACUAUAAGUUGCACCCAACUUUAUUCGACGCAAAAAACGGUUAUUUAUCUUGUCCCUGAAUCCAGUGAUUAUUCUAUAGUGUAAUUGACCGGACUGUCAAUGGACCAUCCACCGUUUUGCCCAAUUGCCCUCUUUACCGACGAACGCGCUUAUGACGUAAGAAUGAAGACAGAGAGUGUGUGCAGAAAACAACCUUUUGACAAGACGUUCUGUUUUCUGACGGAGGGUUAUUCUGCGCUGUACAUACGCCGUUGACAAUGGAAUCAACUCCAAACAACUUGCUAAGCGGAAGACCUCAUAGUGCAUUGUUUUGUGCUCAAUUAUCAUGGCGAGUUACGAAAAGACAAUUGUACCAAAAGCUAUUCAUCCGUCUGCGUAAACGUAACUGUUCACGACACUAUACAGUACAACGGGCAAGACUCGAAGGUGCCAACUACGAUCCGACGUCACCGACCACGCCUUUGACAUCAUCAGCGGGUACCUCAGAGUUUGUGACGUCACUUGUUACGUCGGAAACUAACGGUGGCGUUGAUUUAACCACUAGCGCAUCAAACAAAUCGUCCGACUUGCACAAUUCCACCAGCGACCGUAAAAGUCGUGCCAAGGAUAAACCAGAAAAUCCUCAUAGCACUUAUCUGCGUGAGAGUUGCCGUGGUAACGGCGUUAGUGGUCGCCGUCAUUUGCUGCUGCAGAAUCAAACAGUAUCGCCUUCUUUUGCAUUUUGAAGCUUAUAUUUUCCUUCCUCGACUUGGUACUGCAUAUACCUCUUUCAUUUGAGCCAUACAUUUAAAAACCGUUAUUCACAUUUGAUUAUAAUAUUCUAUUUUAAACACUCAAAUGCGUCACAUUUUAAUGUAACUGCGCUCCAAAAUGUCCAGCCACUCGCGUCCGUGAACUGAACGAAUGAUGCAGUCUAGUAACUUAAAUAAGUAGAAAAGUGCGUGCAGCGUAUUGAUUCGUUUUGCAUUCCGUUAAAACAUCCAUAGAAACUAAUUGAUAAUUUGCGGCUAUUAUUAUUAUUUUACGAUACAAUGGUUUGAAAUAUAUUAAUUCAAUGUGUGCAUGUAAUGCAAUGAGGGCACACAUGAAUUGGUGUGGCGAUUCAUGUGAACGAGAUACAUUGUCUAAAUGUCUUAACGAUAUUUGAUCUUUAAACAAAAGUGACCGGUCAAGAAAAUAGUCCGCUAUAUACAUAAAGCAGCAGUGUAAAGGCUGGUAGGAAUGCAAAGCACAAGUUUAAAUGACACCUAGAGUUUCCUUUUAUAAAAUCAUUUAACUGUAGGAUAAAACCAGAAUUAUUGCGGAUUUGCCUUAGGAAACCGAACAAAGACCGCAGGCCAACCCUCUCCGACGGCUACUCCGAAACGGCGGACACCGUUAAUUGUACAGAUGCUCAACACUACGAAGUAAGUGACAUCAGCGAAUAUGCCAAGCCCUCGGACGCAGUAACGGGCGGUCCUAGAACGGCACGGCCUCGUUCGUCCAUUAUAGAAAGCGAAUAUGAUACAAUUUCCAAUUCGAAAGCGACGGAUAAAUCCAAACGCCAGGUGGCGGUGGUGAAGGCUCACUGUCACGUGGCAAUAUUCCCGGCCAAUCAGAGACACGAGAGCGAUUCAAAAUGGAAAACGCACAAGACGUGUCCACGUUGAAUAAGCAAAAUACCGUGACAGUAUCACAACAGGGCGGUACUUGCAAUGUUUACGGUCAUCUGGGGGUUACAUAGCUCUACAAAGGUGACAAAUUUCAUAUGAUUUAUAAUGUGUUUUUUUUCAUCUUCCUUACACUUAGAAUUGUUAUCGAAUCGAUAUAAAUUAAAACUCAAACGGCUUGCGCAAACAUACACGCUUAUAUGUUGUUUACAUAAUAUUUGCUAUUGAACACAUGCUUUUUGUUUCCAUAGAAGUUCUUCUUGUCUUUUUCUGAACUUGAAUUGUAAUUCUUUUUGUUAUACGUACGAUCCUACAUUCAAUUUAAACAUAAAGAUAUGGAAAUGUGUAAAUGUGGCAUCGGAUAACAUAAAUAUUGAUUCAUUUAUAAAAUGUUUUCAAUGGGAUAUUUGUGGAACGAUUUGAAGUUUUGUAGUAAGGGUGUUUGUUUAAGAUUCUUUUAGUGUGUACCUACGCGUUUACAAUAUGGCCUUUGCAUUGGCAAUAUAGAGGUAAGCGUUU